AUGACGGCAUGGAAAGGCAAGGCUGUGGCUGGCCGCGUCAUCCAUGAGAGACGACUAAGUGAUGACGAGUCUAAUGGACUGUGCCUCAAGGAUUCGUUCUUGUGGUUGGCCAGAGGAUGGGUCUCAUCGAAAGUCCUAAGGAAUGUUUGGGCCGUUCAAGAAGGCUCUUUGCUUACACGAUGCAGUGCGGCCGGCAGAGCAUGUAUGCCUGGGUCAAACCCUGGUCCGUCGAAUGCAUUGAGCUCCUGA